CACUGCAUCCUGCCUCAGGCGGGAGAUGAGCUCAGGCUUCUGGAGAAACCCCACCUAAUGCCAGGAGGUCUCCCUGGGGGGAGGGGGGGCAGUGGGGUUGGGGGCUGUAAUUCUGUAAUCCUGUUGAGAAAUAACUUUUCCUUCACGUGGACUUGAGCAGCAGGUCUUUUAAAAGGGGUCUGAAAGGUCCAGGGAGGUUCAGAAUCAUUUUGGCUUCAGAUCCAGAACCUUUUCUCCGCUUAAUAUAGAGCCAAAUCUAGGCCAAACGUUUUGAUCAUUGUAUAGGUACACAUGUUCUGUCGACAUUAGAGCUUCUGUGCUUAUAGAGGAGGUGUACACCGUGGAUCCUGUGGGGGCGCUAGAGCGCUGCUCAGCUGUUAUCGACCCGCUGAGGAACCCAACGAGGAAGUAGAAGAAGUUAAACGUGUAUCAGCUGGCUGAUGCGACAACUCGAUUUCUUUGUACGUUAUCUUGGUUUUAGAGCACGACUAUAGAUCAUUGGGAUGGAGAAUGACAUCCUUAUGUCUCUUGAAGAUUUAGGGUACCAAGGCCCUCUGUUGGAUGAAGGAGCUCUGCCUGCUGCUGUGAGCGGAGGAGCCGCCUCACCCGAGUUCACCAAGCUUUGUGCCUGGAUCGUCUCCGAGCUUCGACUCUACUGCAAGCUGGAGGAGAAUGUCCACGCCACCAACUGUCCGAGCGAGGCAGAGGGCUUCCAGCUGGAGAUGAGCGGCCUGCUCUCAGAGCUCGCCUGUCCUUACUCUGUCCUCACCAGCGGAGACAUCACCAAGAGGCUCCUGAACAGGACCGACUGUCUGCUGCUCCUCACCUAUUUGGUGUCUGAGUUGGAGGCGUCAAGGAUGAUCCUGGUUACAAAGCCGGAAAGGAAAGCCCAGCAGUCAGGCAGCCCCAUGUUCCAGGAGCUGAAGGGGAUCUGCAUGUCACUGGGCAUGUCCAAGCCUCCAGCCAACAUCACCAUGUUUCAGUUCUUCAGUGGCAUUGAAAAGAAGCUGAAAGAAGCCAUGAGUAAAGUUCCACCCAAUCACGUAGGAGAUCCUUUGAUGAAAAAGGCCCUUGGACCUGUGCACUUGGAAAAAAUUGAAGCUCUAAACCAAGCUCUUGUAAAUGAGUAUGAAGUGAGAAGAAAAAUGUUGUUGAAACGCCUCGAUGUCACAGUGCAGUCUUUUGGUUGGUCUGACAGAGCAAAGAAGCAUGCUGAAAAGUUGGCCAGAGUUUACCAGCCGCUACGCUCGGCUCUGGACACCAAAAGUAAAAUAUCUGCUGCUCACCUUCUCGCCGCUCGACAAGACUUCUCCAAUAUUCUACGUACAAGCAGUGGCAAGAUGAGAGACAAGACUGCCUGUGCCAUUAAUAAGGUUCUUAUGGGCCGAGUGCCAGAUCGAGGAGGCCGACCCUGUGAGAUCGAGGCUCCUCCCCCUGAGAUGCCCUCCUGGCAGAAGCGUCAGGAUGCUCCGCAAGGUGGACACUAUAGUGGGAGUGGGCAUGGAGGCAGCAGGGGGGGCUAUGAUCACUACUCCCAAGGUGGCCGUGGAGGAUAUGAGCGAGGAGGAGGACAUGUAGACAGAGGAGGAGGAGGAGGCAGAGGAGGUAAAGUGCAGGGAGGCUGGGGGGACGGUGUUGGAGGAGGAAGAGGCAGUUACAACCACCAUCAAGAUGCUGGAAGUCAUCAAGGGGGAGGAGGGAGAGGUGCCCACGCAGGAGGGGGGAACAACCAAGGAGGCUUCCAGGACCCUGGCUACCAUGGAAGAGGUGUUGGUGGUUACCAUGACAAUCCGCAACAAGAUGCAGGCUGGCAUCAGGAGAGAGGAGGUGGGCGAGGAAGUCGUGGGGGCAGGGGGAGAGGAGGCCGAGGCGGGGGAUGGGGAGUCAGGGGGGGGCAGAAUUUUAACCAAGGAGGACAGUUUGAACAGUUCUUUCAACAUGGUGGGCAGCAAUACAACCAGGCUGGCUUUAAUCAAGGCAGACACUACACUAGUUGAGGACACAGCGGAGGGGGGGGGCGUGCGCAUCGCAGCAGAGUCCACUCAAAGAUUGAUCACAUAUUAUAUGUGAACACAUUCGAAAUGCCUUAUCCAAUUUAAAAUGUUCAGUAUGGUUAAGAGUUUACCCAUUUUUUGAGGAUGUAGGAGAUCCACACAGAUGCUGUAAACACAGUACACACGGUUUUGGAGUUGUUUUACUACAGAGGACAGUUUUAUUGUGGUCCUUUUGUUUUUCUCUGUCUCCUCAAUACAUGUAUUCAAGCCAACAGUUAUUUUGUAGAUGGUUACACUACCUGUUGGACUCUGCUGCUUUGACCUCCUUUUGACACUUAGUUAGCCUUAUGUUGGACAUGUUUUUGACAGACAGGAGAGUCUACAAUUUCAGCAUUUAUGCGCUGACUGUAUAUCUGACAUCUGAAGUGCACUAUUGAACUCAUUAAUCAUUUCAUUGAAUUAGACAAUUACUUGAAAACAUCUUUCCAGUAUUCAUUUUGUUUGAGUAGAUUUAACUGGAUUCUCCUUUUGUUACUUAUUUAAAUGUCAUCUUUUACUGCUCAAGGAAUAUUUUGUGCAUACAAAUAUGAAUGUUGAAGGGUUUGCAUGGGUGUGUGAGUGAGCAAUAAAAUCUAUAAUUUUGAGUUAGAGAGCUUCUGCAUGUAUGAAUAUUGUUGUCCAAGGAUAUUUAAAAUAUUAUGAUAAAGUAUGUCGGGAUAUUAUUUAAACUAAUUUCCCCCGCAUCUGAAACAUGUUUUGUAUUGAAGUACUUGUCGUAUAUACAAUAUGAUAAGUACUUAAUACAAUAUAAAUAAGAUGUGUUAAUUACACAUGUGCUUGAUCCCGUGUUAAGAGAGCAUGCAAUAAUGCG